AGUAUUUUAAGUAGGGUUCUAGUAAAAUAGAGUUUUUAAACAUUCUAUAAUUUGAAUGUAUUUGUAAUUUAAAUCUGCUAUCCUACUCUGAAUAUAUUGGUCUUGAAUGGACCUACCUACUUUUUUUCUUGAACCAAUCACCUGAUAUGGUUAUGUUUUUCUGAGCGUUGUAUUAAUGGUUCCUGCGCGUGAGAGAUAUUUUUUGGUUUUGUCUCUAGCGUCUCUGGUGAGAAUCAGAUUCAGAUAUUUAAUUCUUUUACCCAAAAUAUCAUUCAGUUCUGUGCAUCCCAUGCUUUUCAUGCAGUCACCUUCUCGACCUAAUGGUGUGCGAUGCACGAAGUCACGUGAGUGCAAAGGUAAGCAGCCAUAGUUGCCUACGCAACACGUGAUGUCAUACAUCUUUGACGUCACGCACGUAAACUACAGCACGUCAUCACAAACAUUUUGUUUACUUCUGCACAGCAGUGGCUUGUGAAGAGUUCUCCUGUUUGAAGUGUUUCGUUCUCAGCCUUCUGAGUCGUUAGCUUGGGAUAUCAGCCAUGGCGUCGUCCUCGGAUCCCCAGGACAUGCUGAACAUGAUCCCAGAGUUCGUGCCCAAAUCCAACGUCUGGACGAGGAAGCACAAGUACCCACGUACCAUUUACAACACCGACUACAUGGACUGGACCCACCAUCCUCUCUACCCUAAUGAAAAUCUGCUGGCAAGAUACCCAGUGCAGUCCUGUUCCCCGAAAACCACGCUCAGAAUAUUUCGGCCUCUGCCACCCUACGAGAAAGGGGCUGUGGUGGAUCACCAGCUGGACCUGAGAAAGAAGCUGGCUGCCUCAAGGGGUUUGUCAACGCCUGAACCUACUUUACACCUAGGGCACAAACACUUCUCUCUGAAUCCUAUAUGUAAAAGGUUGCGCAAAUACGAUGAUCCCAUACCUCAGCCAUUAGACACAACAAAGAGAAUCUCGUACGUGGACCCGCGUUCUAAGGAAGAUUUCGACAGCAACCAGAACGUCGUGCGCUAUGGUCUCAGUGACCACAACGUCGCACUUGGCAUCGUUCCCUGUACACUGGCCAUUCCUCCAGAACCAGUAAAAGAUACAUCAAACUGCUGAAGGACAAACAAGUGAAGAAACACAGCUGCAUGUACAUCUGGACUAAGAAACACAUGCUAGCCUGGUAAGACCACAAAUGUUUUUCACUUGCUUAAUCAAAUACAAAUUGUAGUAUUUCAAAAUCAACAUUUUCCUCAACUGCAACAGAGAUCACUUCUAUGCUGAGAACUCAAUAAGUUCGUGACAACCAAUCAGUUUUGAGGUUGUUGCCAUAUACUGACUUUACAAUAUCUUGUGUGUGCUGCAAAAUGUUCUGGAAAGAUGCCUUCCAUGUGACCAGUUUCUGAAUGGAGGUUUUCCUAAACAAAGAAAGAAGAUUUUUCUAAGAAAAAUUCAGUUUUUCGAGAUCUUGAUAGUUGUACCUUCAUGAUUAACUUCAAGAAAUAAUAAAUGUGACAACAUGAAACCUUC